CCUGCCAGUAUCCAAACCGGUCAGCCUGCCGUCUGAGAACCCGCCUUCCGUGGUUCAACCUGGUGCCUCGGCAACCGCAAUUCAGCCUGAUGUCUGUACCAGCCUGAUGUCUGUACCCAGCCUGAUGAACUGAUCCAGCCUGAUGAUCCAAUCAUGCCAGGUGACUCGGUGCCCGCUGUCGAGCCAGAUGACCUGAUGCCUGGUGACCCGAUGCCCGCUGUCGUACCUUAUGACCCAAUGCCAGCUGUCGAGCCAGAUGACCUGAUGCCUGGUGACCUUAUGCCCGCUGUCGAGCCAGACGAUCCAAUGCCUGAUGACCCGGUACCCGCAGUCGAGCCAGAUGAUCCAAUGCCUGAUGACCCGGUACCCGCUGUCAUGCCUGAUGACCCGAUGCCAGCUGUCGAGCCAGAUGACCUGAUGCCUGGUGACCCGAUGCCCGCUGUCGAGCUUGACGACCCGAUGCCCGCUGUUUUGCCAGAUGACUCUCUUGCCAGAUGACUCGGCGCCCGCUGUCUUGCCAGAUGACUCGAUGCCCGCUGUCUUGCCAGAUGAUUCGGCGCCCG